AUGGGUCAUGCCAAUCUGAGACAUCCUGGGAAUGAGCCUUCCCCGGCUGAGAAAUGUCCUGCUCCUGCCCCAUGCCCGUGGUGGCACAGAGUCCUCCUCACAGCCGGGGCACUGGGGCACCUCGUCCUGCUGGUGCUGGUGGUGCUCCGAAAUGUGAGUGUUUUUCAGGGCUCUCCAGGUCCUGAAAGUGACGCCAGAGUUGAGAUCCAGGCCAGGAACCAGACGGAGCGAUGCAUCUUCCCAUCCCUGGUGCGGUACUUCUGCCAGCCCCAGGGGCAAAGCCCCCCAGCCCCUGCUGGUUGCAAGUUGUGCCCCCAGGACUGGCAGCUCCGUGGGGAGAGAUGCUACUGGCUCUCCAAGGAAUCGGGAAACUGGACUCGGGGCAGGAAAAGCUGCCAAGAUCAGGGCUCUGAGCUGGUGGUGCUCAAGAAUGAGACAGAAAUAGAGAACGUUGAGGGUGUCACAGGCAGGCGCCCGUGGUCGGUGUGGGUUGGGUUGAGGUCACAGCAGAAGGAGUGGACGUGGGUGGACGACACCCCCUACGACCCCCACAGGUUUGGGGACCUGCCGGAGGUGGAUGAAGGGUGUGGGACCCUGAAAGGCAACAGCUUGGAUCUUGAUGUCUGUGCCAGUGAUCACAAGUGGGUUUGCCAAAAAGCCCCUUUCCAGCUCUCCUCGCCCACGGCAGGAGAUGUUGGGAAGCUGGAUGAUGCCUCCACCUGACACACUCAGGCAACGGACCCCGUGUGGUAUAACAAAAUCAUUUACAUUUCUUUCAUGGUUUAUCCACCCUGUUACAUCAGCACUAAAUUCCAGUCAGUAGCUUUUCUCUAUAUCCACUUUUUAGUUAAGCAUUCUCUGCCCAGGAGAAAAACACUCCCAAGCAAUUUCAUGCACACACGGAUACAUCUCACCACGUCUGUAUUCAGAUUGCCAAGUUCCUCUUAAGUUUCUCCCAGAGUCACAUAAUCUCGCUUCCCAUCACUUAAGUGUUAUUUUUAUGCUUUUACAUUACUAUAGAUAACAAUAAGCCAAGCGGCUCCAUCCCUGCUUUCCUUUGCAACCAAACUGUCCUAAAAUAAACACACAUAUUCCAACACCCAUCCCUUCGGUGUCUUCACUGUGAGGGCAACUCUGUGAGGGCAGUUCUGUGAGGGCGACUCUGUGAGGGCGACUCUGUGAGGGCGACUCUGUGAGGGCGACUCUGUGAGGGCAGUUCUGUGAGGGCAGUUCUGUGAGGGGGACUCUGUGAGGGCUGUUCUGUGAGGGCAGUUCUGUGAGGGGGACUCUGUGGGGGCUGUUCCGCCAUCUUGGCUCCCUCAGGGCUCCUUCAGCCACCCUGGCACCCGCGGACUUUCCCUCAGACCUUUCCCCACCCCGCACGGGACGAGCGGCCCCCGCAGCUCCCGCACCAACCAGGACACGAGGGACAGCGGUGGGGUCGUACAAACUUUAAUACAAA